AUGGCAUCAUACAAUGAUGAACAAGUCCUUUCAAAGCUCAGCGCUUUGAAUGAGACGCAAGAAGGUAUUAUGACAGCGGCGCAAUGGAUCAUGUUCCACAGACGAAGCGCGAAACGCACCGCUGAGCUCUGGUUGCAACGUUUGAAGGAGUCCACGGCUCACAAGAAGCUAAACUUGAUUUAUCUUGCAAAUGAAGUUGUUCAACAAUCAAAGGCUCGACGUAAAAUAGACUUUGUCGUUGCUUUCUCUCCGAUUAUCCCUGAGGCGUGUGAAAUCGCGUACAAAGGGGCACCUCCAGAGAUCCAAAACAAGAUCAAGCGCGUCAUACAAGUCUGGCGUGAACGUUCAAUUUUUGAGGUUGUUACUCAGGGUACAAUCGAGAAACGUUUAGACGACGUCGAUCAUGGCAAGUCAGGUCCUUCUUCUGGCGCAGGAGCUCGUAAGUUUGGUGGUGGCGGACUCUUCGGUGGCUCUCUUGGCGGCGGCAGCCUUAGUGGUGGCGGUACAUCAAACGUCCCAUUAGAAUUUACACCCAUAAUCAACAGUCACAAGGGCCUCCAGACCAAGCUCUCUUCAUCUACAAUAGCAGUUGGUAUGGCAAACACCGAAUACCAAAAACAGUUCGACACCGAUACUCUCCCAGUACCCCCGGUAUAUGCAGCACGUCUUUCUUCCCUACUCAAAACUUUAGACAACGCCCACAUAGCUGUGAAAGGAGCUAUCGAGGCUCGUGAAGCACAUAUCCGAAAUCUCGAGAAACUCUUACAGGCUAGCAAAAAAGCUUUGGAGAUUGAAAAGGACAAAUUCAACGAUAUUACCGAAAAACGACAAAAGACUGAGUCGACCAAGGUGGAGGUUGAAAUGAUGAUUUUACGAGACAUGGAAGAAUCUAAAAAUAAUGGCGGCGACGGAAUGGAUAUUAGCCAUGGAAAUCAUACCUCAACUUCACCAGACGACCUUAAAUCUCCUGAAAUCGAGGCUUUAACACCACCUCAUCAAAUAAGCUUUGAACCUCCUCCACCGCCAUCUGCUAGUGAGGCCCACCAUCAACAUUCGAUAGCUCCGGCAGUACCACCCGAACCUCAUGUCUUUCACCAGGGUGCCUCUGAGUUACUCGCCAGUUUAUCGGCCCCUUUAAACGGUGGCGGACUGAAGAGAGAGAAAAGAGAGGAUGUGAAUAUGUUUGAAGGUCUCGAUGACGACGUGGCAGACAUGUUCAGAAAUGAUGCGCAGAUGAGUGGGCAGUCCACAAACAAGAGGAUGAAGAUUGAGGACGACGAUGAAUAUCAUCCGUAA